AUGGCAAUAAAGAAAACCAUCACCUCCUCCACCUCGACGCAGCUCGGCAGCAGCGGCCCUCAUUAUAUAACGCAAACGGGAGUUGUACCACCGCACCACAAAUACCCAGGCACGAGAGCUGGGUUCCAGCAGCACCAGUACAUGCGUGCGAGUGGCUGCGGCCUCCUAGCUCCAGCUUCACCCUGCUGCCGCAGCCCCAGCACACACUGACACCACAAACCCUUCCCAGAUACGACCGAUCGAUCGGCAUCACGACGCUUCGAGUCCAAGUGGUGAAGACAGCUGAGUGAAUCGUUUGAAGAUGAGCAGGAACAAUGGAAAGGUGUCCAAGCUGCAGGAACUGCGUCUGAGCCUGUCGCGGUCGCGCGGGGGCGGGGGGCCGUCGGCGACCCCGGGAGGAAGCAGCUCGCCGAGGAGGCUCUCGUCGUCGUCGUCGGCGUCGCCGCCGAGCUCAUGCGUGUCGUCGGAAGGGAGCCCGGAGGCGGGCGUUGGCGCGCCGAUGAUCCUUGCGGGGUGCCCCCGGUGCAUGAUGUACGUGAUGCUGUCGCGGGAGGACCCCCGGUGCCCCAAGUGCCACAGCACCGUCCUCCUCGACUUCAACGACGCCGCCGACCCGCGCUACGCCGGCGCAGGCGGCAAGAGCAAGGGCGGGCGCGGCUGACGUCCACCUGACGCCGGCCCGAUCUGCGCGUGCCAUGGGCCAUGGCUAGCUACUACUAUCAGUUCGUGCGUGUUCUUGUGUUCGUGUGUGAGUUGAUCAAGAAGGAAUUAUUGCGUAGACCCGUUCUUCCAUGGACCAGGGGAAGUAAUAAACCGCAGCGGCGCAGCCGGUGCAGGGUGCGCGCGCGCGUCGGACAUAUAUUGGGGUGCCAAUGGAACUGGUCUAGGUAAUAAUUCCGCGUCCCUCUCUACGUUUCGUGCGUGUGUGUGUGAUCUGCAGGUGCAGUAGCGUGAGUGUCAUGUGUGUGUUCUGGUGAAAGUGAUGUGGUAUGUACGGAUCAGUACUCAGUACUGCUUAAGGAUUAAGAUUUUGUCUCGGA